UGUGCAGUGCUAGAGGCAAAAAGCAUGUUGGCAGCGGGGCACAGCGUGCCUUGCGCCACGCCUAUCUGACUGUGUGCGGCUGCUAUCAAAAACGUUUUUUGGGGUGAUAAAAGCAGAGAGAACUAAGGACAUGAGGACGGUCGCCCUGAGGUGGAAACACGAUAUGGCAAGCUGAGGGGAAAGACGCUGUCCAUGAAGGAAACAGACAGGACUGUCCACGCCUUCUAUGGGGUCCCCUUUGCCAAACCUCCAGUUGGUUCUUUGAGAUUUGCAGCCCCAAAACCCCUUGCGGCAUGGACCUCAACCAGGGAGGCCUCAGAAUAUGGUCCAGUGUGUCUACAGGAUCGCCACCUGAUGGAGCUGUUAUUGGAGACGCAGAAAGUGAAGUUUACUUUACCGCCAGUGUCUGAGGACUGUCUGUAUCUUAACAUCUUCACGCCAGCAGAUCGCGUGCAGGGGGAGAAGCUGCCUGUCAUGGUGUUUAUACACGGAGGAGGUCUGAUUAUGGGAGGAGCCAUGAUGUUUGAGGGUCCUGCAUUGAGCAUCUACGAAAACAUUGUAGUGGUCUCCAUCCAAUAUCGGCUUGGCAUCGUCGGCUUUUUUAGCACUGGAGAUGACCGAGCUCCUGGGAACUAUGGUUUCUUGGAUCAGGUGGCCGCUCUUCAUUGGGUUCAGGAGAACAUUGCAGAUUUCGGAGGUGACCCUAAGUCUGUGACUAUAUUUGGGGAGUCUGCAGGAGGAGUCAGUGUAUCUGCACUGGUGGCGUCUCCAUUAGCCAAGGGCUUAUUCCACAGAGCAAUUGCUGAGAGCGGUGUAGCCAUAAUACCGGCUUUGGUGGCCCAGUCUACAGAAGAAGUUGUUUUUAUCAGAAACAUUGUGGCCAAUAUUUCAGGCUGUGAUGUUGAGAAGUUUGUGGACUGUCUGAAGGCAAAGUCUGAAGAUGAGAUCCUGUUAAUCGGACUGUCUAUGAAUUGGACAGUUCUGCCUGCAGCCAUCGAUGGGGUCUUCUUCCCUAAACCUGUGGAGCAGAUUCUGGCUAAUAAAGAGGUGAACAGUGUCCCGUUCAUGACUGGGGUCACCAACCAAGAGUUUGGAUGGCUCAUUCCAUUGUCUUUGAACAUCACAGGAUUCCGAGAAGGAAUGGAAAGAGAGACGGUGCUUAAACUACUAAGGACCUUCCCCCUUCUGAGGUCAUUUUCCAGUGCCUCCAACCUCCUGGUGGACGAGUAUAUCGGAGAUGAGACCGAUCCUGCUGAAAUCCGAAACCGCUUCAUAGAUCUAGCUGGAGACUUCAUAUUUAACAUCCCGGCUCUGAAAACGGCCAAAUAUCACAGAGAUUCCGGCCAUCCCAUCUACUUCUACGAGUUCCAGCACCGUCCGUCAAUCUUUGAGGUCUCUAAGCCAGAAUUUGUGAAGGCCGAUCAUGGAGAUGAGUUGUUCUUUUGUAUGGGAGUUCCAUUUUUGGAGAGCGACAUUCUGCCCACAGAAGGCUUCAAAAAAGAAGAGAAGAUUCUGAGUAAGACUGUUAUGAAGUAUUGGGCCAACUUUGCCCGCACUGGUAAUCCCAAUGGGCCAGGCCUGGUGUAUUGGCCACCGUAUGACCAAGAUGAAGGUUACUUGGAGAUUAACUUGAAGCAGAAGGCUGCGAAACACCUGAAGACUGAAAAGUAUGAAUUCUGGACCAAGGUCCUUCCUCAGAAGAUGCUACAGGAAAAGCAGGAGCACAUAGAGCUAUAGAUGUCUCCAAAAAAACUUUACAACAUCCAAGAUGGUGGACGAUGACCCAUGACCCUGUGCAGUAUGGGAUUUAGUCACUGAAAUGCACUGUAUUGGGGUCUGCGAUGAUAUCUUUGUUCUGAUAGUCUCCCAUUCCAGCUUAUAAGAGGGUACAGGGACCCUCACUCUACAGCUACACUGACAGCAAUAUUUUGGGCCUAUUCUAUCUGGAUUGGUGGUCUCCUACUUGUAGUCCUACAGUUGUCAGUUUAAAUAUGAUGAGCACUAAACAUUUUUUCUGAAAAUUUUUGGACUGGAAGUAA